AUGAUGCAAGCAACGUUUGCCAUCUUUAAGAUUCUGUGCUCAGUUCCUCUUCUGCUUCCUUCAGUGGCGGCCACUAACGGCGCUCAUUCCCAUCUCCGAGGAAACGGUCAUUUUAACAGACACCGUCUGGAAGCCAAAAUCGUCGGUGGGCAUGAAGCGCCUUUGAACAGCUACCCAUCAUAUGUGCAGUGGUCAAAUGGAUGCGCGGGUGUCCUGAUACAUGAUGACAUUGUCAUUACUGCCGCCCACUGUGAUUCCGUCACCAACUCCAUUCAGAGGUUCCCCCUUUUUGUUGGUGGUGAUGGAAGAUCCCGCAGUGGGACCAGAAUUCAUGCCACAGCUGCAUUUCGACAUCCUCGUUAUGAUUUGGAACAAUCAUUCUUAUACGAUUUUCUCUUAUUGAAACUGCCUCAUCGGAUUGAUGGAAUUCCUUUUGCACCCUUGAAUGCCAAUCACAGCUACCCAACCAAUGGGAUACCACUGACUGUGGUUGGCCAUGGAAUGCUGGAUUCCGAGGAUUCUAGAAAUGACGCACCAACCAUAUAUCAUGAGGUCACAGUCCCAUACAUUGAAUCAUGCUCUGUGUAUCUUCAUCAAGUACAAUCAGAGGUCCAAUUCUGUGCUGGAGACAUGCCUUUUGGUGGCCGUGAUGCUUGUUUGGGUGACUCUGGAAGUGGGAUCUUUGAUGAUGAAGGACUUCUGGUGGGCUUGGUCAGCUGGGGUAUUGGCUGUGCCAGGCCUCGUAAACCAGGGGUCUAUGCUCGGAUAUCAGCUGUGGAACGAUGGAUAGCGCACAUGAUUUGCCAAGAAAGUUCAUAUCAACCCGCACAUUGCACCAAUGUUCAAGUUAGCCUUACUGUGGAUGAUUACCCUGAACAGAUUGGUCUGGCUCUUUUGGACUAUGACAGCACUAGCACCCCAGAAUCAGUUGUCAUCCCUGCAGGAAGUAUAAUUGCCAAUCCACAACAAACUCUUCGCUAUACAUUCUCAGUUCCUAAGGGACGCAACUACCUUCUCCAGGUUGAAGACACUGGCCAAAAUGGAUUUUGCUGUGAGGAUGGAGCAGGAGAAGUAACCAUCCGAGACAGGCAAUUCAGAUAUCACCUGAGUGGUUUGUUUCAGAGUCGAUAUGCAUCAGUCUUACUUCCAGAGGUUGGAGGCAGUGAACAAGACGAUGAGGAAACUGAAUCAAACGAAGAUGAGGAAGCAGCGGAAAGACUACACGAAGCAAACCUUGCGAUGAUCUUGCGCUCGAAAGGGAAUGGACACGGAAGAGAACAAGACUAUGAGACAAGACCGAUUUGGCCGACAAGACCUACAAUAUCAUCCUCGAAGGCACCAUGA